AGGGCGGACGUUGGGCACGCUGAUUGGUGGCCGCUCCCGGAAGGGCGGGGCUCGCGGGGAGGGAGGCCGCCGGUCGCCAUGGCCACAGCAACGGACCAGGUGGUUGGGUUCGGUUUGGUCACCUUCAGCGCCCUCCUCUUCGUUUACUACACCCUCUGGAUCAUCGUACUGCCCUUCAUCGACAGCGACCACAGCAUCCACCAGUACUUCUUGCCCAGGGAGUACGCGGUUCUCAUCCCCGUGGUGGCGGGGCUGCUGCUGCUGCUAUUUAUAGGUGUGUUUAUAACGGUUGUGAUGUGGAAGAACAGGAAACCUGUCAAGAAAUCGGACUAAAGGGGGUGAGAAGGCGCCAGAGCCAAGAAAAGACUUUGCCUGCACCCCAAGCAGGCAGUGCUCA